AUGUCCUCUCCGCGCAAAGUGGCGCUUGUGACUGGUGCCAACCGUGGAAUUGGAUUUGCGACUGCUCGUCGCCUAGGUGAGCUUGGUUUCAAGGUGCUUCUAGGCGCACGCGACGCAAAACGCGGUGAGGAGGCCGUCAACACGCUGCGUAAGGACAAGUUAGAUGUGGAUCUGCUACUGAUGACGCCGACGGACCCCGCUUCUGUAGAGGCCGCCGCGCAGAAGGUUGAGGUUGACUACAAGCGCCUUGAUGUGCUCAUCAACAACGCGGGCCUCAUGGAUUUUGACAACAAGGUGUUCCCCUUGAACAUUCAGCGCAUGCGUGAUGAGUUUGAGAUCAACUUCUUUGCAACUGUGGACAUCACAAACAACUUCCUCCCGCUGAUGCUGCGGUCGUCGGAGGCGCCGCGUUUGGUGUUUGUGUCAACGCCGCUCGGAACGCAUGAGACUGUGGACCGCCCGCAGAACAAGUACGCGCACCCCAAAUUGACGGCGUAUAAGUGCACCAAGUCCGCUGUGAACAUGUAUGCGCACAACCUUGCCAAAUAUCUCGAGAAGCACUCUGAGGAGGCUGGUGGUAGCGCUGCUUCUGCGAAAGUGAAUUGCUGUUACCCUGGGUACGUGCAAACUGACAUGUGCUUCAACUCCACGGAGGCGCACUUCACCCCCUACGAAGGCGCUGAGACAAGUGUAUGGCUCGCCACCCUGCCGACGGACGGGCCAACUGGUGGCUUUUACCACCGUGGCCAGAAGCUGCCAUGGUAG